GAGACAGAAUUACCAAAACCUGGAAGGCAGAGUUGUAGUGAGCCAAGAUCACGCCAGCCUGGGCGACAGAGUGAGAUUCUGUCUCAAAGCAAAAAGAAAAAAAAGAAAAAAAGGAAUGUCUAGAUGCAGUAGCUAAGUACGCAGAAGCCUUUUCAGUGUGGGAGGCGAGGUGACUGAGUCCAGGGACUCCGGGUUUCUGGCUGAGGGGCUGAGACCGCCCAUGGUCAUUGUGAUGAGUUGUAGGUGGAAAAUGAGCUGGGCUGGGGGAAGGUGGUCAUCUCCUCUGGAUGGGAUUAGUUUGAGAGUCCUGUUGGGUAGCUCACUGGGCAUGGUCAGUAGACAGUUGAGGAGCUGAGAGGGUUUGGAGCUGGGAUUGACUCCAGCCUCACCAUGUGUGCAAUAGUGGGGGUCACAGAGCGUGAAGAUGACCAAGAAAGAGGACUGAGUGGGGGUCUGGGGGAGUCAGCAGCCGGGCAUAGGCCAUGGAGAAACAGAUUCCAGGGGAAGAGGAAAGGGGAGUCAGACCCCAAGGGGAAAAGAGUAACUGAAAAGAGGGGCCAGCCCCGUGUCACAUGCAGCAGAGACACCAGGUACAGCAGAAAGACUUUGGACAUGACCAUGAGGAGUGCCUUGUUGGCCAUGACCUGGGAGAGAUGGGGGUGAGAGCAUGGGGGACCAUGCUAUGUCCCCAGCACACAAAAGAGUGCCUGGUAGACAGGAUGGAUUUAUGGAUGGGGGGACAGGUAGAUGGAUGAAUGAAUGGAGAGAUGAUAGAUGGAUGCAGGGACAGAUGAGUAGAUGGACAGAUGCAUAGAUGGAUGGAUGAACAGAUGGAAUGAAUGAUCAGAAAAGCCUUCAUGAACAAAGUGAGACUGAGCUGCAUCUCCCUGGAUAGAUAUAAAAGCAGAGGAAUCUCCUCUUGAGUCAGGAGUGACCCAGUGUGCUGGUCCAGGGAGAAAGUCAGCCCGGCAGCCUGGCUUGACUGGGGACACUUGUGGUGGAUAUCAGAGGCCCUUAAAAUGGGGCCAAGUGAGGCUGGGCAGGUCUGAGCCAGCUCAGCACUCCUCAGCCACACCACACAGCUGCCUGAGGGGAUGUGUCACUCAGGGAGUUGCUGGGACCCCCUGGGCCAACAUUGCCAUCAGCACCAACAGCUUCAGAGAUGGGGACAGAGGCUGGCGUGAUUCCAAGGCUGUGGGCAGCACCUGAUGCAGAGAACGGACAGGCAGAGACACUACUGGGAUACUGGCCACCCCCAUGCCCUGUGCUUAGGUCACAGCCUACACACUGCAGCCCUGUGCCCCUCACACCCAGCAGGUUCCUGCUCCAGCAUGGCUCCUGGAUUGGCCCCAGGUGCUGGCCCCGGGGGUUUCAAUCCAAGCAUAAUUCAUGGAAGCAUGUGUUUGGCAGCGGGACCCAGCUCACCAUUGUAGGUCAGCCCAAGGCCUCCCGCUCGGUCACUCUGUUCCUGCCAUCCUCUGAGGAGCUCCAAGCCAAUAAGGCCACACUGGUGUGUCUCAUGAGUGACUUCUAUCCAGGAAUCUUGAUGGUGACCUGGAAGUCAGAUGGUACCCCCAUCACCCAGGGAAUGGAGAUGGCCAGGACCUCCAGACAGAGCAACAAGUACAUGGCCAGCAGCUACCUGAGCCUGACGCCCAAGCAGUGGAUGUCCCACAACAUCUUCAGCUGCCAGGUCGUGCAUGAAGGGAGCACCGUGGAGAAGACAGUGGUCCCUGCACAAUGUUCAUAGGUUCCCAACCCUCACUCCACCCACAGGGGCCUGGAGCUGCAGGAUCCCAGGGGAGGGGUCUCUCUGCAUCCCAAGCCAUCCUGCCCUUCUCUCUGUACCCAGAAGACCCUCAAUAAACAUCAUUUGCCAACCA